UAUGUUAAUGGUGGUGGCUGAGUUUUUUGUUUAAUGGUGGUGGGGGGUUUUUUGUUUAUGGUGGUGCCUAUGGUUUUUGUUAGGAAUACAUUCCUACCAGCACAUUGUUAGGAAUAUGAAAUAAUUGUUAUAAUCUGUCUAGUUAGGUAGUUAGCUAGUUGGUUGAGAUUAAGAUGAGUUAGUUAACUAGCCAAUUAUCUUGACCUAUGUGGGCCAAUAACAUUAGCGCUAGUCUCUUAUAAAUACAUGAUUGUAAUUUAACAUUAGAUAUCAAUGAAGAAUUAACCAAUCGCUUAGUGCAUUAGUGCAUCUUUCUCUCUUAAUCUCUUUCUUUCUCUAUGGAGGGUGACUAACUCGAAUUAAGGGAAUUUUUCCACCAUUGUCAUACACUCCCAUACAAUUCCUAUCCAUCCUUGUUAGGAACCACUAAGUUCCUAACACACAUACGGCGAGUACAGCAAAAAAACUCACACCGGGUACAUCUUGGAUUCUUAAUAAGAUAAAAGAUAUCUGGAUCCAACUUCACCUCCCCUAAUCUCAACACUACUCAAACCCCACCGCCACAUCUCUCUUGUCCCCUUCCUUGUUAGUUAUUACUCUCUAUCAUCAACUGUUUUGAUAAAUACCACUACCCACAAACUCUCAACAAAAAGGGUUCAAAAACCCAACAUUUUUCUACACCACCAAAGACUCAGAUUCCAUCAAAACCCUCCAAAAAGUCCUUAACUCUCUCUCACAAACACACCAAUAUAGAGACACAGGCCUUAUUCAUGGCUUUGAUCGCAUCUCCACCAUCCAAUCCCAAACCCCACCAAUUUUCUCCUCUCCACCGUGCAACCCGGCUACCAGGACAAGCUGAAUUAGUCCUUUCCCGUGCCAUGUUCAACACUUCUAUGGUCCUAAAUUCUGGUCACUAUAUUUCAAUGUCUAAGAAGCUUUUACUAAACACAAAAUUCUCCACCCAUCUACGUAAAAAUGCCAAUAGAACUGUCCCGCAUAUAACUAGUGCAGCAUUAGUAGAAGCAGCAGAGCCAAAACCAGAGCCAGAGGCAGCAAAGUUUAGGAGAAUUUUGUUAUCGGACGUGGUCGUGAAUCAUCAAAGGAGAGUCUUUUUUGGGAGGAAAUGGAAUGCUGAUGACUUGGCCAAAGCUUCCGCCGUUUUGGCAAUGCAUUACCUUUGUCUUUUCGCACCAUUUCAAUUCAAUUGGAGUGCACUUUUGGUGGCUGUGGCACUGUGGGUUGUAACAGGUCUUUUUGGUCUUACUUUAUCAUUUCAUAGGAAUCUCUCACACAGGAGUUUCAAGGUUCCUAAAUGGCUUGAGUAUUUCUUUGCCUAUUGUGGUGUUCAGGCACUUCAGGGCAGCCCAUUUGACUGGGUGAGCACACAUAGGUACCACCACCAGUUUGUUGAUUCUGAGAGAGACCCACAUAGUCCCACUGCUGGAUUUUGGUUUAGUCACAUGAGUUGGAUCUUUGAUACCACUUCUAUGAAUGAAAGGUGUGGAGGACCAAACAAUGUUGGAGAUUUACGGAAGCAGCCAUUCUACAGGUUUCUUGAAAAGACUUACUUUAUUCAUCCAAUUGCACUUGGUGCUCUUCUAUAUGGCUUUGGAGGAUUCCCCUUCCUAGUGUGGGGAAUGGGCGUGAGGGUUGUAUGGAUGUACCACUUCACUUGGCUGGUAAAUUCAGCUGGCCAUGUCUGGGGAAAGCAACGAUGGAAAACUGGCGAUUUGUCUAGGAACAAUUGGUGGUUGGCAUUACUUACAUUUGGAGAGGGGUGGCAUAAUAACCACCAUGCUUUUGAGUAUUCAGCUAGACAUGGCUUAGAAUGGUGGGAGCUCGACUUGACUUGGUAUGUAGUAAAAUUUCUACAAGCUAUUGGAUUGGCAACUGAUGUGAAGGUACCAACAGAGGUUCAGAAGCAAAGGAUGGCCAUUUAAACGUGGGCUUUAUACAUGUGCUUGUAUGAGAGUGUGAGGUGCUUGUAUGAGAGUGUGAGAUGCUUGGUUAGGCAAUUGAAUUUGGCCAUUUUUUGUUUGUGUCAAAUUUCAUACUGAAUGAUAAAUAUAUUGUGGAUGCUAUAGUUAUUACAUAAUUAGCUCGUAAUUCCAUGCAUAUGUAUGGAUAUACUUAAAAGAUA